AUGGCGAUCAUCUCAGGCGCGACCAUCAUAACGUCCUUGUCCCUUUUCCAUAUCACUCUCGCAUUCUUCUUCCUUACAAAUCCGAACGCCAUAGCAGAUCAAACACUUGUGUUUAUAAUAGGGGAGGCUAUGGGACUGCCAUACGUGCGCUCUUUCGAGACCCAGUCCGCCCCAUUGUCUUUCCUCGCGGCCGUACUCUUCGUUGUAGGAGUCAGUGACUUGGUCUCCAUCUCUCUCCCUGAAGAGAUCUCGCAGUAUCACUGGGGUUCACAAGCGCCGGUGCGGCUUGUAUUGUUCUUUGGGAUAACUCUAUACUCCUACGCAUUCUCCAACAAGUCACCUCUAUACGCCCCGAAUACCUACCAGCCGAGCUUAUGGGGCGAGGGAUUGAAGAACAGAGUGCUCUUCACUUGGGCAUUCGUUGAGAUGAUCACUUGGUUUUGGGUAUUCGUGACAUUGCGGGAGGAGAGGAGAGAGAUGGCCAUGAGGAUCCAACAGAGAAGAGCGGCAGAAGAGGAUAUGAUGUGA